AUGAACGACCCGUUCUUCAACGAGGAUGACGGCGACUUUGACGACUUGUACGGCAUUCCUUCGCAAUCGUCCGCUCAUUCCCUUGCGGCGAAGCACGAGCCGCCGCACGUAGACAGCAUACCCCCUUCUCAUCCGUUUGUACUGGAUACUCCGUCCUCUAUGCAGAGUCCGGCAGCGGCCGACAGCGUCGUGUCCAGAUCGUACGUGCGCGAUCGAACCGACUCGUUUUCUAGCGUUGCCACGGACCGAGUCGUAGCGUCAGGGCCGCAGACAAAGUGGCGGAAAAACCACAAGAACAAGACACGUCGUAGAACGAGUCAGGAGCUGUUUAACGUGCAGUGGGAGUCGGACGUUCACGUGGCUACGUGUCGACUAUGCCGCUCGGACUUUUCGCUCGUGAAGCGCAAACACCACUGCCGUCAUUGUGGACGUGUCGUGUGCUCGGAUUGUUCGUGCUUUGUGUACUUUGAGUUUUCGCGUCGAAAGCACAGAGUGUGUGCGACGUGCAACAACCAGCUGCUUGCUGAGCAAGACGCGUACGAGCGAGAAACAAUGACGUCGUCGUCUGCUGUGAUAAAGCCUCAGCCUCGUGACGGAGGUGCGACGACAGCAAACAAGACGGAAAAGAAUGUACGCAAGGCAGAAAAACAAAGGAGGGGCGAGACGGUGGAACAUGAAGGAAAAGCAGCACUGGGAUCAGCACCGGUGACAACGUUUCGUAUUGACGCAAUGGACGUUGAAAGUAAAGCUGUGGCAAAAGGAGAGACGCUUUUCGAAGAUGCGGACGGGAGUUGGUUUACAGAUGCGGCGAAUCGGCAAGAACACUCUUGUGGUAGUGUCGUUGACGAGAGUGAGGACGGUGAUUCGAAAGGACCGGGCUGGCGGGACCGCGUGAAGGAUACGUAUACAGUCGCGCCUGCGACUGACGAAACUUCAGUGCUUGCACCGUUUGCCGGCAGCACUCUGACUUCCGGAAUCACUGGCAAAGGGUACAUCUCGGACCAAUUUCGAUAUGAUGAUGUCAGUGGGCCUGGUCUCGGACACGAAGAUGAUACAGUUGCUGAGAUGCCUCGACCGGAGCAACAUAGUCACGCCAGAAUGGAUCUCACCGAGAGCGCUAUGAAGCCCAGAUGGGUAUCCGGAAAUGGCAUUUUGGUCGAGCAAUUAGAGUAUGCGAAUCUAGGUGGUCCGGGACUUGGUCACGAAGACGACCGUUCAGUUGCUAUGCCCCGACCUGCGCAGCUAGCAACGACGGUACCGUAUAGUUAUGAAAGCGAACGACGUGAUCGAAGGGAAUCGAAACAAGAUACGACGGACGACGGCACACCAAAUGAACAUGAUCAUCAGACACGAACUGCUCUUGGAAACAUGGUGAGCGCACCAAAGCACCGUGAUGCAGCACUAGUGCGACAGAGAGAGAAGUCAAAAGUCGGCAAGUUUCGCGCUCGCGGCACUCAAGACAUGACGUUGGACGAACUGAAUUUAUCAUGCUCAUCACAAGAUGAGCCUCGUAUGCUUGGUUUGACCGUGGCUAUCCCGGCUACUGCUCAGCCGACAUUCUACGAGCAAGAUGCAGAUAGAUUGGUCGUUGAUGAUUUACCGGGGUAUUUCGAGACAACAAUAGCAGAGCGAGAAGUCCAGCGCGAAAAAGAUGAACGACGACAAGAGCAGGUUGCCCGCGACAAUGCGUGGGUGAAUAAGGCAGUGGUGCCACGUCGCUUGUCAAGUGGGCAUGGGUCUUAUAGCAUCGUAGACCGUCCAUCGCAUACUUCAAACCCUCCUGUUGUGAACCAAGAAAGUAGAGCUGACGAUGCGGAGGACAACGGAAAGGGCGCAAAACCGAAGAGCGGCUUCACUAAGGUUCUCAAGCGUUUCUUUGGUAUGCGGCCGAAGAAGAAGUCUGCACCGCCGAAGAAGUCCGAACCACUUCCCACUGUGGUGGUGUCUCCGCCAAAAAAGGACAUUGUUGAUCAUCACGCCUCACCUGCGCCAAGGGUCAACAACCGUGACAGCAUCGUUUCGGCCAGUUCCGCUCCAGACGGUUUGCUACGACAAAGCAAUGUUAUUGCGGACCGCAGUAGCGUCGAUCAAGAAAAAGAAGAUGAGCUGAAGCAGCACCACCAAGAGCCGGAGCGUAAACGUCGGGGAACGUUUGAUGAUCUCUUCAUGUCACCAAAAGACAUUGUAGCUUCGAACAACUUUGGCGGGCGCAUCGGUAUAGGUGGCACGAGUGGAUGGGCCUCUCGUGCUGGGCUGGACUUGAAUGCUGGUCAACCGUCAAUUGGUGCAGUAGGUGUCGCUCGUUUCGACCAACGAAGGCCUGCUGGCGAAGACGAUGAGCAUACACUCGGUAACAAGCCCGCCCCUGCUGUCGGCUCAAGUCAGUCUACCGAGGACUCCACUGAGGCAUGGAGGGAAUCUGCAGCAUUGUUGCUGCUACAGGAUCGAAGAGAUAGUGCCCAGGACUCGGGCUUCACCUGGAGCAGUAUACAACCGGUCCCUGGACUUGGAACGGCAACAGACGCUAUAUCGACGAGUCUGCAGUCUUAUGCGGCCUACAAUGAGAAUCGUGGGGUCUCAGCGUCACACAAGACACCCGUUUUGAAACUUGCCUCAACGGGUGGCAUUAUGGACGACUUGAAGCACGGUUCGACGCUGAGUAAACCGCAAGGCGAGACGUCAAUCGAUGAAUUCUUUGCCGAGUUCGAAGAAACCAGCGAAUACGUUUUUGACUCAACCACGGGUGGGUACGUAGCAGCACGGGUCCCCGUACGUGCAGCGACUACAAGAAAUGCCCAGCAGCUGGAAUCCACAGAACCGCUAGGAUCAGAGAAGUAUACACUCGAUACGGAUGACCGUAGAUACGAUACUCUGUCGGCAACUAAGAACGGUGGGAGUGGGAGUGGAGUGGUUGUCGAAGACGAGGUCGCCGAGAUUAUUGUGGACAAGAUCAGCUCUCUCGAAAGCGAGUUGGCAGCACUAAAGAAGUUGAUUCGCAGUCGAAAAGGAAGCGGGGAUAACCAGUCUCGGAAGCUACACAAUGGUCGUGGUAUGGUGGACUCAAGUGCUCGCAAAGAAAGCAUUUUUGACCAUGACAGCAGUGACGAAGAUGAUGGCAGGUCUGGUGACUCGUACGGCGUGUCGAUUCGACCAAAGUUGGAACAGAAGCGACGAAGACGUGGCAGCAAGAAGAGGCUCAUCAAGGAGCGGAAGGACUCGUUUGCCGACCUAUUUGCGGACAGUCCGAACGAACACCAAUCAGUUGGCGGUGCACUUUCUUACAACGCUCUGUCUCGAAAAGCGUUCAGCAACGACGAUUCCGAUUCUGAGACUGAAUUCACGUCACCACAGAAUCGACAGGGCAAGCAGUCAUCUCAGUGGACAAUGGAUGAGGACGUAUACGAUGCGAGCUCCAGCGUGGAUGCGACUAUGAUGUCUGCGAAACUGUCUACGAAGCAAGCGACAACAAGAAAAGCAGGCGCGGAGGCUUUGGAAGACCCGAUCGACGCUUUGUUUGACACGUCAAAGGACCGUGAUGUGACUAAAUUGUAUGGUGGCGAGGACGGUCAUGAUGAAAAGGACAAACGUUCUGUGCCUGAGUCAAGGGACGUGCUCGUCCGGACCUCUUCGGACGAUGAGGUGAGCGGAAGCGCGGCCGCUGUCACAGACAAUAUUAGCUCUGUGGUGCCGGGUAGCAUCGCCGCCCCCAGCUCCUCGCACUCUGUGAACCUACCAGAGUUCGGUGCAGCCGACGAAGAUGAGGACUUUUCAAUCAACUGGUCAAAGAUGCGCAAAACAAAACCCAGGAGACACAAAUCUCAUCAUGUGACCGGUGAAAGCAGUGCCACCACCGAUGGGAGUGUGGAGCUUGCGGAACUCAACUUGUAUGCCGAGGAGCUGAAACUAAGUACUAGUGAUAUUCCUGUGGAACAUACAGCUCCAGUACCGUUUGUUGUGGAUGCGUCAUCAACGGUUCGUACAGCGGAAGAUGAGGCGAUUAACUUGAGUUCCAGAGGUGGUGAAAGUUCGGAGUCGCAGUCUACUAUUGAAAGCCCGCACUUGGAAGCAGCUAUAGAUGCUGUGCCGAGUUCGGGUGUUCCGGCGCGAAAACGAAAUGAUCCGGUGGAGCAAUCGUUGCUCGCCAGCAUUGGAUCAGUGGAAAAGCUUGCAGACACGACGGUGGAGGUCUCGUUGAUGGAUGCAGCCGCUUUUGACAUCUUUGACAAGUCCGGAGACGUGGAUAUCUCGUCGAUGUCUUCAUUGACAGGAGCGAAUACACCCGAUGGUCAAGAUGACUGCUGUGAUAGCGAUGACAAUAAUGCGUCUUUUUCCGGAACCGACGAGACAUUCAGUUUUGAGCUUCAGACUCCGAAAAAGCGGCUUCCUGUUGAUGUACCGACCAAACAUUUUACCACCCGAACGGAUUCAGACCCGAGCGAGUCUUCUCUCGAGUUGCCUACAUUAUUGGAGCUUGGUAAAUACGCAACAGCGUCAAUACCUUCAUCGUCGCGCACUCCAUCCAUAGACGGCAGUAUUGAUGAUUUGGAACACGCGUCAGUGGAUGAUGAUUCGGUGAUCGAAGGAAGCGUCGGGUCUGAAGCAUUUGCCAUGGACUGGCAGCAAAUGCAGGCAAAGGAAAAGGAGCGCAAGAAGAGACUGCAAGUCAAGCAGAGACAAGCCCAGCGAGAUAAACAAAAGCAAGUCGAAGAGCGACAAACAGAAGAAAAAGGUGCUGACAAAGACGACGCAGCGUCAUCCUCUCUGCAUCAUCACAAGAAGAGUGGCUCGUCACGAAAGCAUCAUGGAAGCGCCACAAAUCGUGCGCCCGUGACAAUGUCGGACCCUUCUCGAACACUAACAGAUCUCUGA